AUGCCUUCGCUGCCAUCAUUAGAGUCUUUUGCCAAGGGAACCGUCGCUACCGUAGCUGGUGUUGCAACGUUAGGCUGCGGACUACUAUACUACGGACAAAAUUAUCUCAUUUACCCAUCCGCAUUCCCCCCGGGCUCUCGCACAGAGGUCCCAGUGCCAACGGAUUUUGGACUUGAAUACCAGGAUUUACCCCUCGUCACUGAAGAUGGGUUUACUUUGCGGUGCUAUCUUCUCAUGCAACGGACAGAGAUAAGCAAUAGCCACGCUUCACGCAUUGAUUACGCAGACCAACAGACGCAUGAAGAGUUUGCAUCCACUCGACCAACAGUUUUGAUGUUCCACGGUAAUGGUGGAAAUCACGGUCACCGGAUACCUCUCGCCAAAGUAUUCUACGUCAAAAUGCGUUGCAAUGUACUCAUGCUCUCAUACCGCGGGUGCGCCUUCUGCAUACGUAUAGAUGCUCAAACGGCGCUCGACUAUCUCACCUCGCACCCAUACCUGAAGAAUACUCCUGUUAUCCUUUACGGCCAAUCUAUUGGCGGUGCUGUCGCUAUUGACCUUGCAAGUCGAAAUUCAUCAAAGAUCGCGGCGCUAAUCCUGGAGAACACAUUCACGAACCUCCCACGUCUCGUACCUAAAGCUCUUCCUCUUCUUGGCCCUCUUUCAUUCCUUUGCCAUCAAAAAUGGGACUCGGCAUCGAAAAUACCUCUAAUACCCCGGUCGAUGCCAAUAUUGAUGCUGAGCGGUGUUAGAGAUGAAGUUGUUCCACGCGAGCACAUGCAAGAGUUAUGGCAGAUUGCUUCGCGACGUCAGGGUACCAAAUCCAGUGGCACCGGAAACAAAUCUGACAUAUCGGAAGUCGGUAAUGGAAAGUCGAGAUUCCUUGAAUUCGAAGGAGGACAUCACAAUGAUACGUGUGUCCAGCAGGGAUAUUGGACUGCAGUUGCUGACUUUAUGACAAGUUUGAGUCGGCAUUAG